GGGCGCGGUAGCAGCUGCAAUCCGAGUCGAGUCCGGAGUUGAAUCUCGAGCUGAGUCCCGAGCGGGCGAGCGGACUGACGCGACCCGGGCGGCCGUCUAGUGGGCUCACCAUGCCGAUGCACUUCAUCUUCUCAGAUGAGGCUGUGCUUCUCUUUGAUUUCUGGAGAGUCCACAGCCCUACAGGCAUGGCUCUCUCAGUGCUGGUAGUCUUGCUCCUGGCUGUAUUGUAUGAGGGCAUCAAGGUUGGCAAAGCCAAGUUGCUCCACAAGACUCUGGAGAGCCUGCCUACUACCACCAGCCAGCAGCUCAUCUUGGAACCAGACCAGGAUUCUACAGGCUCCAGAUCAACUUCAGACAAUAGGACCCGCCUCAGGUGGUUUUUGUGUUACUUUGGCCAGUCGCUAGUCCAUGUCAUUCAGGUGGUAAUUGGCUACUUUGUGAUGCUGGCUGUCAUGUCCUACAACACCUGGAUUUUCCUUGGUGUGGUCCUGGGCUCGGCUGUGGGCUACUACCUAGCCUACCCACUUCUCCACAUGACUUAGUGGGCCAGACAUGUGCAGUGCUGAGGGCUGGAGAGCUGGGGCCUCUGUUCCAGGCGUUGUACUUCAGCCGCCUUUCCUUAGGAUGGCACUGCUCACCUCUUCCCCAGUUCCUGGUGACUGAGAUGAAGCCAGCAAAGCCCUGGAGCUUAGAAGCCAUGGAAGCUACUUCCCUCCCCAGCCUAUAUAGGGCCCAGGCCUCCUGUGGUUCCUUACACAAGUCGCUGUGACCAAAGGGAACAUGGAGCGACCAGAAGCUGGAGGUAGGGUGGCCAGCCUGUGACACAGAUCUCUGACUACAAAUUAAAGUUUUCCAAAGAGCUUCAGUGAUAAAGGCCAUGGAACCUGGACCUCUCUUCUGCUUUGUGCCUUAAUGUCAGGGCCCGUCUCCAGUCUUUGGGGGAUGGACCAUGCCAGCUCCUUGUUCUCACCUCUUUGCCUUGGAACACAUGAGGAUUGUCAUUGACAGACUUUACAUUUUCAACUCCUGGUUGGCAGUUUUGCACAUUCAUACAAGACAAAAUCUCUAAUGAAUUUGCAUUCAAGAUGGAUGCAGGGUCUGUUGAGACUUGUCUUCCCUUCUCCAGGGAGGACGGACGCUGAUUAAAGGCAGAGAGCCAGGACUGUCACAGAGGCUGUAGACUCGUCUUCUGUGCAGAUGAGCUCUUCCUGUCUGACAGCACUGCCUGUGGCAGGUUAGUGGUCAGGGCCCAGCCUGAGCCUCUUGUAUGCACCACAGAGAACAGCAUUUGGUAACAGAGAUGACCACCCUGUAUUUUUACUUCCUGCUAACUCCUAAUGAUCUGGUAGGAAAUGUGGGUCAGUUACUUAGUACUGACUCAACAGGGGUGUGCUGGGGGCUGGGUACUGACUGGGGGUGCAAUAAUAGUCAAACCAAAGCUAGGUCGUGUCAGGGGUUAAGUGGACUUCAGAUAUUUGAGCCUUUUCACUUUACAGAGAAAAGAGACAGGAAUGGGGCAUAGACCUGUAAUCUCCAGUAUCUGGGAGGUGGAGGCAGGCGAUUGUAACUUUGAGGCCAGAGAGAGUUCCAGGUCAGCCUGAGAUACACAGUGAAACAUACACACACACAUACACACGACAAUCACUGCUACAUACUGUAUAAUGUCUACGUUCAAGUACCUCAUGGGCUCAAUGAAAAGACGGUUUUAAGAAGCUUUGGGAAUUAAAAACAAACACACCUUAAUAAAUUUCUAUUUUUGAACA